AGAGAGUUGGUGAGAGGAAAAAGGGAGGGAGGAAAAGUGAAUGUUUACAUGGUGAAUUUAUGAAUGACGUCGAGAGUGAACGAAAGAAAGGUGUGGCCUGAUUAAAGAUCCAGAAGGAGCGAGAGUUUGUGUGCUAGUUUGAAAUGAGCUGUCAUCUUUUUGCUGGCUUAGCGGUGCUCAGAUAUCUUUCCUGCUCAAUGCAGACAGAAAUGCAGCAUUGCUGGGUAUCAAAAUGUGGGAUGGUGCCUUGAGAACAACAGCUUGAUGGGUCAGGGCUGAAGGAGUGUGGGAGGUCUUUGACAGAGUGUUAGGAUGGCAACUGAAGCUUCUACCCUCCCAAGUCCUGUGGUGCGUCAGAUCGACAAACAGUUCCUGAUUUGCAGCAUCUGUCUGGAUCGCUACAACAAUCCCAAGGUCCUUCCCUGUCUUCACACCUUCUGUGAAAGGUGUCUGCAGAACUACAUUCCUGCCCACAGUCUGACUCUGUCUUGCCCCGUGUGCCGUCAGACCUCCAUCCUGCCGGAGAAGGGUGUGGCGGCACUUCAGAGUAAUUUCUUCAUCACCAACCUGAUGGAGGUGCUAAAGAGGAGCCCAGACACUAACCUCAGUGAGGACUGCACUGACGCUAUCAACGGAGUGGCCACUGGACAACCACUCUCCUGUCCCAAUCAUGGAGGAAAUCUAAUGGAGUUCUACUGUCCACCAUGUGAGACAGCCAUGUGUGAGGAGUGUACUAGUGCCGAACAUGCAGAACACGCCACUGUCCCGCUCAAGGAUGUUCUAGAACAGCACAAAGCCUCGCUACAGGAGCAGCUGGACGCCGUCAAAAACAGACUGCCAGAAAUUGACUCUGCGCUGGAGGUUUUGUCUGAUAUUCUACAGCAACUGAACAAUCAGAAGAGUUCAAUAGAAGAAGUGAUUCAUACAACUUUUGAGGAGCUUCAGAAGACCCUAAACGUACGCAAAAGUGUUCUGCUGAUGGAGCUGGAGGUCAACUACGGACUCAAACAGAAGGUGUUGCAAGCCCAGCUGGAGUCGUUGCUGCAGGGGCAGGAAGGCAUUCGCAGCAGCUGCAGUUUCACAGAGCAGGCUCUUAAUCACGGCUCGGAAGCUGAAGUCCUAUUGGUCAAGAAGCAGAUGAGUGAGCGUCUUGAUGAGCUGGCAAGUCAGGAGCUCCCACUUCGGCCAGAGGAGAACAGCCAGCUUGACUUCUUGGUGGAGACCGACGGUCUUCGCAAAUCCAUCCACAACCUUGGUGUUAUAAUAACCACCAAUGCUGUUGCUGCAGAAACUGUUGCCACCGGUGAAGGCCUGAGGCAUUGUAUCGUGGGGCAGCCUACUUCUGUGACCAUAACAACAAAAGACCGAGAUGGAGGAUUGUGCCGGACAGGAAAUGCUCUGCUAAUAGCUGAUCUUUCUGCCUCUGAUGGCACCGUAGUGGGGGAAGGUGAAGUCACAGAUCAUAAAAAUGGCACUUAUGAGUUUGUAUACACGGUCCCGUGUGAGGGCCGCUUCACGCUCUCGCUAAAGCUCUACGAUCAGCAUAUUAGGGGCAGCCCGUUCAGCAUACGUGCCAGAAAAUUGACAGACAUCUCCCUGACUGCAGACGGAGGCAAGAAACGUCUCAAAUCUCCAGGAAGUAGCCAUGUGAAACAGCUUGCCAUCAAGCGCCCUGCCAGCAUGUACAGCACGGGCAAACGGAAAGAAAACCCAAUUGAAGAUGACCUCAUGUUUCGAAUUGGAACUAAAGGCAGAAAUAAGGGUGAAUUCACCAAUCUGCAGGGAGUUGCUGCUGCUUCUAUUGGCAAGGUCCUGAUAGCGGAUAGUAAUAAUCAGUGCGUUCAGAUAUUUUCAAAUGAUGGACAAUUUAAGAGUCGUUUUGGAGUGAGGGGCCGAUCACCAGGACAACUUCAACGGCCAACUGGUGUUGCUGUGCACCCUAAUGGUGACAUCAUCAUUGCUGACUAUGAUAACAAAUGGGUCAGCAUUUUCUCCUGUGAUGGCAAGUUUAAGACUAAAAUUGGCUCAGGGAAGCUCAUGGGUCCCAAGGGUGUAGCGGUUGAUAGAAAUGGCCACAUCAUUGUGGUUGACAAUAAAUCCUGCUGCGUCUUCAUUUUCCAGCCCAAUGGAAAACUUGUAUCUAAGUUUGGAAACCGAGGCAACAGUGACAAGCAGUUUGCAGGUCCACACUUUGCCGCAGUGAAUCAAAAUAAUGAAAUCAUUGUGACCGAUUUUCAUAAUCAUUCUGUAAAGGUGUUCAGUCCAGAGGGUGAGUUCCUACUGAAGUUUGGGUCAAAUGGCGAAGGAAAUGGGCAGUUUAAUGCACCGACAGGUGUGGCAGUAGAUGCCAACGGCAAUAUUAUAGUGGCUGACUGGGGCAACAGCCGGAUACAGGUGUUUGACAGCAGUGGAUCCUUCCUGUCCUAUAUCAACACCUCCGCAGACCCUCUGUAUGGCCCACAAGGACUGGCUCUGACCUCAGAUGGCCACAUUGUGGUGGCAGACUCUGGGAACCAUUGUUUUAAAGUAUACCGUUAUCUACAAUAGCACUCUCAUCUCUAAAAAUAAAUACUUGCACUUAUUCCUUAAAGCUGCUGCCCCCUUGUGCCAAAUGGGACCCUCAUAUUGCAUUGCAGUUGUGUUGUUGUGGCUCCAUUUGUGACACCCUCACCUUGGACAGAAGAACAGACUCUGUACCCUGAUCGUGGUUCUUUGGUUUUGCAGUAUAAAGGAAUAACUUUUCCAGAAAUACAAAUUCUGUCAUUUUAGCCUCAGGUUGUCUCAAACCACUAAGGAUUUCUUUCUUCUGUGGGAUGUAAAAGGGAAUUUUCUUGAAGAAUAUCCUGGCCUUUUCUUGUCUAUGUAAUUAAAGAGUCUUGUAACCAUAAACAGGUUCCAAGCCAUACAAAGACAUUGUGGGAGGAAAAGAUCAAAAUCUUCCUGGUUGCUUUAACUCUUCAAUCUAAAAUUUUGCCAUUAAUUAUGUUGUUAAGAGUCUAAGAGAAAAGGAAGAUAAGCAAUGUAAAUA